AAAUUUGUAGCUUGUUGUUUCCCCAUCUCACCUCAUCUAACUUCAAAAGUCGCAACAGCCCAGUGACAGACAAAGCCUCCUUCUUGACUUCGCAUCGGUCUGUUUGGAGACCAUCUGCAUUUGCGCCCUAGCUGUUGAGUCAGGCGCUGCCGAUUGAGUCACCCUAGUCCAAGCACCAUCAUCUCCCAUCGCUCGAGUCGCUGUCUGAGGCAUUGACAUCCUCAAUUUUUAUUGACCUACGCCCCCAAGAUUUCAUACCGAGUACCGUUUUGGUUACUUCAACUAUCGAGCGAUCUCGUUGUGGUUCUUUUCUUGUAUCACUUCUCGCGCUCAGUGACCAAAGCUCGCCUUGCAAACAGUGACGUUGGCCCAGAUCAACCUCUCACUGUGCACUUGGCCUACCAAUCUCGCAAUGGGAGGCUCUGCCUUCGCAUCUGGGGAUGAUCCCCUGAACACACCACGAAUGCCCGCCACAGUGUACGAACGAGCCAAGGCCGACUGUUUUGCUGCACUCCGAGAACUGUACCUAUGUGUAGCCAGCCCUAUUGAAGGUCCCGAGAAGCAAGACUAUGGCGAUAUAGAUAUUCUGGUCACCUGGGAGAGAGCACCUUUCGUCGGGAAGUGCUGUGGGAAGACAGCACCGGAGUCAACUUCCAGACGGCAGGAAGAACGGGAAGGUGGUGAAGAGUGGUUCGAGAUGGCCAAUGACUGUGGCGAGGGACAAGAGAGAACACCGAGCCAUUCGAACAUGUCCAAAGACGAGGCCCGCAAGGCCAUCUUUGCCGCCCUCGGUGCCAAGCGCGCAAUCUACAACCCCAUCGGCGACAACUAUGCCAUCCCGUGGCCAUUGACAAAUACAGGGAUGGAUGCUAAUGAGCCAAAGCGGUAUAUCCAAGUCGACUUAACCAUCUGUAGUUCACUCCAACAAUUGCAAUGGAUCUUGUUCAAGCACGCUCACGGCGAUCUCUGGAGCAUCAUGCAGACAAUCAUCCAGCCACGCGGACUGACCGUGGACGACUACUCCAUGUCACUCCGAAAUAACGACAUUGAAAGAUACGAGAGAUACAGCAAGAGGUGGCCCAAGGUGCAUAUCUCGAGGGACCCUGCCGAGGUGCUUAAAUUCUUGGGCCUCGACGUGGCAAGAUUCUCGGAGGCCUUUGCGACUCGAGUUGAGAUGUACGAGUAUAUCGCAUCCUGUCGCCUCUUUUGCAUCGAGACCGACUACGGUCGGCAUAACAACCCCGAUGCAACGAAUCCGGAAAUAAUCAUGGAGCCAGGGGCCAAGGACGAGAGAGACACCGAAGCUGCGGAAGGGCCCGCAAGAAAGAAGUUCAGGAGUAAGAACAAGCAGCGCUUACUGAAGCGGCCCGCCUUCCGCCAAUAUUUCGACGAAUUCCUCCCCCGCUGUCGAGAAGAUGGGCGAUACGCAGGACGCUCCCAUCUAUACCACUGGGACGUCCAUCAAGAAGCCUUUGCUAUUUGGGGAAACUUUCAACCGAUGAUGUCGCGUCAAUGCAUGGAUCUCAUACUAAGCCUCGGCGAAGACAGGGUUCGAGCAAAAAUCAAGGAAGUUUGCCAAAGCUUAGUCCCCGGCACCGAUGCUAAGGACAGCAUGUACCGCGGCUUGCUGAACAAGGCGUUUAAGAAGAUCAUCAUUGACGGAGACUUGACGUACGGGGUUAGACCAAAUGAGAAGGGGGAGUUCAGGGACGGCAUGGGUCAGAUGAUUAAGGACCAGCCCGAGAAGUUCAUCCUCAAGCAUCACGAGGAGGUUGGGAAGGCUGCUGUUGCUGAACAUGAGCAGAAGUUUGAGGAGCAUAAGCGGUUGGAGGAGGAGCAGAAGACCAAGAACAUUCUAUGAUGCCGGGUAUGGAUACAACUGUUGGUUCUUUUUUGAAGAUACCAGAUAUCAUCGUUAGGGACCGAGGCAGACUGCCUCUGCAAUCGAAGCCAUUCCCAUCACAUCACCACCACCAC